UUUAUCACUCAGACUGUUAGAUUUAAUGCUGAAGAGUUGACGUCGAGUCGUUACGUGUAUUUGGAUAUCUUAAUUCGUGGAUAGCUGUCAAUUUUGGAGUAACCCGUACUGUUACUGUUGAAUAAAUAAAUAUAAAAUAAAAUAAAUGUGAAUAUUAGUUAAUUGUUCUGUAGUGUAUAAAGAAGAUAAAUUGAAAAUGAUUGAAAUUAAUUACCAAGAGAGGACUGCUGGAAUCAUCUAAUAAAUGCUAGCAAUAUUUAAUGGGGCUCAGCACGAUUCAACAAAUAUCACAGAUGCUAAAUUGUAUCAAAAUAAAAAACAUCAUCCUAUAAAAAGAAUUAAGGAUGGUGUUAAUAGUGCAAGGUGUGGUUCAAGAUGAGCCGCCACCGGACACGAGGACGCUGUACCUCAACCACCCGGUAUUAAGGGAUUCUGCAUCACAACUGCUUACCAUCCCCACAAAAGUCAUUGGACCAAUUGGUCUUCUUUACGUGUGCCAGCGAGAGAUGGCCGUCACCUUACCACAUGACAAAAAUGUGUCGAUCAUUGGUUCCGAUGACGUUACAACCUGCAUCAUUCUCGUACUUCGACAUACGGGUUCUGGAGCAGUUGGGUUCGCUCAUCUAGAUGGUUCAUGUACUGAAGAGUGCGUGAUCAAUAUGGUGCAUAGGAUUCAAGAGUUGUCCAUGGGAUUUCCUGAUAGCCGCCUAGAAAUGUCUUUAAUCGGCGGGUUCUCGCAUGUCCUACGUUACAGUGAACAAGUGUUCUAUAGUUUGAUGGUUGCAGUUCACAAACAUCAAACCGAAAUCGAACUUGUUCUGGCAUGUCUAGGUGAACUUAAUACCAUUAUGCGAAAUAAUGUCCAUUGGCCAUUGCUUUACGGGGCUGGUGUAAUGGUGAAAAGUGGCGAAGUAUUUCCUGCAAACUUUCCAGAUAAGGGACCUGAACAACCAUUAAGACUAGCUAGACUGUUUACAGGCUUACAACCAGUGUUGGAUGUGUAUGACUGUAAUUUGGGUCUAUUAAGAAUUGGACCAUUUAACUAUGAGCCUAUGCGUAGUGUUGAUUUAUGGCUCCAGCAGUCUGAUGAAUUUAUCUUGCAAGCAUUGUCGACCACUCCUGAUGUUGAACCACCGCAUACAGUCAUGGCUAUUCGAGCUUCUUUAAAAUAUGUUCAAGAUCAUCCAUUUCCAGCUGUCACUGUGUUCAGGGAUAAUCGACCAUUAUAUUAUAGAAGAGAUGAACACUCUGGUACAUGGACUCCAUUUCGCUAUUAAAAACUAUAACUUGACAAUCCAACGAAAAUGUGCCAAAUCAGUGUUUAUGGGUUCUCAUGUGUAUUUUGGUGACAUUUAAAACAUGAAAGAAUAGACAAAUACUUACCAGUGUUGGUUUUUUUAAAUUUUAUUUGAAAAAUAUGCUAAAAAAUUAUGUUUUAUAAUUAUUAUUCAAAUUCAACAUUCCAUUUUGAUUUCCCUAAUAUUGUGUUUUAUUAACUAUUAUAUA